UCUGCAGUUCUGCCGUACAUCGGGAGUGGGUGGAGAAUUUGAGGCGCGCCGGGAUGGGAUCCAAUGGCCUGGGUCAUUGUAUGGCACGACCAUGUGCUCGUACAGUAAGCCGAGCCUCCCGUGAAGAUUAAGGCUGGACGUUGGACAGUGAGAGUCUAGACAGCCGGGGAAGGGUCGGGGAGUUGAAGGAUUCCGUGAUGCAUGUCGUGUUGCUCCUAAAAGAAGGACGCCGAACAGAAUCUCACGCUCUUAUCAAAUAUUCGAUCAAUGAAUCUUGGGGGAUGGAAAAGAAGGAACGGGAUCCAUUAUGAGGAAUUAAAGUGGAACUUGUCGCCGAAUGGUUGGUCGCCGACUCGGGGAUCUCGGGAUCGACGAAUUAGUGACUGGCGGUAAUGACAUCCGAGAUAUCCAUAACAAAGUUAUCUUUAUACAUUGAUACAUAGAUGGAACAUUCCAUGCCUCUUUUAGCUCAGAACCCCAGCUUUUAACUUAGUUCCUGCUGUGUCACCCAUAAACGCCACAUCCCGUCUUUGUUUCUUCUUUGAGCGAUACUAUUUUAUGAUACUACAUACAGUAUACCAUGCAGGACCCAACCACCCCGUCCAAACCCCCCUCAUCCCGGCCGCCCUCUUCUCUAGCUUGUGUCCCUUGUCGCCGUCGUCAUUUAAAGUGCGAUGCCCUGAUGCCAACGUGUACUCGUUGUCAAUCCUCCAAUAUAGAAUGCCGUUAUGUUCGGUCGAGACGAGGCCUACGUACCAAGCACGAGAACCAUCACCCCCAACGCUUCGCUGAGGAGAUGUUGACCGCAGAAGACUUCGCUGAAUGGCUCAAUGCCACCACGUUGGCCACAGACUUAGAGGCAGAUCCAGCACUGCUUCAAGGGCUUGACACGCCUCCAGUAUGGGACGUCCCUUGUCUCCAAGAGAGUACAACUACCUGGCCAGCGCCGGAGCCUCUCCCAACGACCGCCGAGAUAGCUUACGAUCCCAUGGUCCAGCUGUACUAUCAAAACUUUCACCGGUCGCACCCUUUUUUGGUUCCGAGAAAGAUACUUCAUUCUUCGCUCCGCCACCAGAUACCUCCAUAUAUCCCCGCAAUUAUGCGCUAUAUUGGCGCACAUUACUAUCCUGAUGCAAGGUUCAAGGAAGAAUUUCGACCAGCGGCGCACGAUGUCCUGUUAGACUCCACCCCGCGGGACGGGUUUAAAGUCCAAGGACUACUGUUACUUGCGAUCCUCGAGCAUGCUCAUGGCCAAGAAGAGACCGCCCGAUUGAACAUGCAAACAGCGAUCGAGCUUGCCCUCGAGCUGGGGAUGAACCGCUCCAAUUUCUCCCGCGUGAACUCCCAAGGUAGCUCAGUGCUGGCCGAAAGUUGGCGCAGGACAUAUUGGGAACUAUAUGUUGUAGACGGUUUGUUGGCUGCCAUGCGAGAUCAAAGCUCGUUCCGCCUUUUUUCUCAAAAGACGGACGUACAGUUGCCUUGUGCCGAGACACUCUACAAUUCCGCCAGAGAGAUCACCCCUACCGCGGGAACACUAGAGGAUCUCAACGAAAAGUGGUCUAUGGCCCAAGACAGUUCCACCUUCAAAUAUCGAAUUGAAGCUGCGCGGAAUCUCGGGUUGGUGAUGGAGAUUAACCGUUCACUUGAUAUCAACCUUGAGGCACGGGUAGAAACGGUUGACGCUAUGCUCGUUUCGUCGCUGAUGCAGCUACCCUCAUCGCAGAAUAAUUCCUUGGACAGCUCGAACCUAGACGAAAUGCUAUUCCAAGCAGAGAUGAUCGACUAUCUGGCAAUAAUUUACCUGCAUCAUCCUCGUUCUAGCAUGAGGUUUGCCUCUUUCCAGGCUCGCACAUGGUGCACCCGGCUUCGAAUCUGCAACACUAACCCGGCACCCACGGAUCUGGAUCUACACUCUCAUAAGUUUCUGCGGGCAGCAGAUCAAUUGUCGAAUCUUGUUACUCUGCCCAGUGCGAUCAAGUCGCGUACGCCCUUCUUCACAUGCGCUCUGGCAAUGUGUGUGAUUGUGCAUACGGCGGCCUGCCUGAUCAAUUCUACUCCUGACAAGGUUGACUCGCUAAAGGCACGGAUUCAACUGAGCAUUGGGGGCUUGAACAUGUUAGGGAAGUCCUGGCCGUUGGCAAAGAUGGUGAGGCAGCAGAUGGUAAAUAUGUACCAAGAGGUGGGGUUGCGAUGAGCCAAUCGAGCUCCAAUCGAGUUCCCCCCCAUUGCGGUAUACCCCCCCAUCAAUGCCGCGCAUCCAAACUCGAGGGAGACACGAAUCAACUUUACCAGAUAUUUGCCGGUAGAUCUGGAAUGUAUAACAUACAAAUACGUACCGGUACACAUCCCACUCAAGUCCGACGAAACUGAUCGUCUGACGACGAUAAAGGAAAGCCGAGACCACCUAGCUCAGUCUAAUAACAAGCGACUGAUCUCCAUUUGGGGGAAGCCUUUUAUAUCCUUGGCUACCUCAUCAAAGAGCGUGAACGUUGGUCGAUUCUUGUCUCUAAGAGGCCUCCAGUGUCGACUUGACCCUGCUGGACGCACACAAAUUAGACACAGAACACAUACUUUCGAAGCCACCGGCCGGCUAGGCUCGGCGACCUAUAAGUGGCCAGUAGUAUUUUUUAAAAUAUAUGGUGGUAGCUCGCCUGUGUGCUGUGGAGAUGAAUUGAACAACUGCAAACAAUGCUUCCAGCUACUAUAUCACCCAUCGAUGUGUUGUCAAUGCAAAGAAAUUCGGAAAGCGCCACACGGAGGUGAUCAAUAUAGAAUAGGAUGGCCACUCGAGAUAAUGCGAUUUUUGAAUAUCAACAACGUGAAGAGAAAAAUAGGAGAGGCCAAAGGUCUGCGAUUACGCGAAGUUGAACAGUA